AUGCAAUAAAAUAACCGUGUGAUCUAUGAGUUGGAGGACGACGAGGACAUAAAGUAGGCUCCCUUCCCAAAGACUCAAGUAUUUGAUCUAUGUCAUAAUGAAAGGCGAUCAAGAUUGAUAGGAAAUUAGGUGCAGUGUCGUACAUAAAAUGGGGAACUCUUUACAAUUACUUCUUCUCGUUUGACCUGAGGAAGGGUAGGUUAUUGUGUUACAAGACUCCACAAUCAAAUAGUUAUAAUAAUUAUUACUCUUUGAACAAGGGGGACUUUGUGAGGGAUGAAGCUGAGAUCCAAAAAUGCGAAUAAUCCUUGAGAAAGAAAAAGAAUUAUUAGCAAGCCAAUGAUUAGAAAGUAAUGUGGCACUUUAUAAUUUAAGUCAGUGAUAUAUGUGAGAACAGCGAAAGGGCGAGUUUUUAAAUUGAUGAUUGACGAAAACGAAAACUAUGAUAAGAUUUUAGGAUAUUUGCAGAUUUGUUUCUCGUCGAAAAUGCAAAACGUAAAGGCCUUUUAUGCACUUUUGGGAAUAGGUCUCGUGAAGAUAGACGGCAAUGAAUUUAAGCUGACUACAGGAGUGGUUGUGUCUUUAAAUGAUUGGUCCAUAAACAACAACAAUAAUUAUUUGUUAAAGAAUGACAGUGGUUUUAAUUUAUUAAUAAGCAAUAUUGAAUUGCUGGGCGGCAUCAUUGGAUCCUUCUACAAACAACACGAGAUCCUGGGAAUCAUAUUCAAUCCAUCCACCCAAACCAUAGACAUCAUCCUAUUCGAUAAUUUUUAGUAAUUUAUGUUCCGAAUAUAAUUAGAAAUCCUAAAGUACUCCAUCAGGCCAUAUUCAAAUUGGUCAAAUUCUCCAAAAAGAAGGUGAUCCCGUCUGGCAAAGGACAGUUAUUGAAAUUGAAGACUGACGUCGCUGAAUUCAAUCAAACUGAAUACAUCGAUAUAGCCAAAAAUGACAAUGUCAAAAUCUACAUUCAUACCUCCAAAUUGAAUGUGGCUGAUUAUGCCCUAAUACAAGGCAGUAUGUUUUCAGCACAGUAUGUGGAUGACCAAAAUGAUCUAGACGGUGACAAAUUGUUAUCCAAUAAUGCUCUUGAGUUUUAUAAAAAGAACUUCAAAAACAUGAACAAUCAAGAUGAUGAAACCAAAGAAUUCAUUAUAGUAAGCAAAUAACAAACACAAGUCUUCGUGAUGAAUAAUUAAUCAUCUCCCAAUAAGGGAAGUGCUCAAAAACAGAGUUCAUUUAAAUUUGAUGAUAUUAGCGAAGAAAGUGGAGGAGUGGGCUCAGGUGUGCAAAUAGCUAAGAGUAUCAAAGGUAAUUGAGUAUAUAUAUACAUCCACAUUUUAGUCCACAUGAGGAGAUAAGCCAAUGGUGUAGCAGAUUAGAGUCCAAAAGUGCAGUUCGUUAGUGGUUUUCAAGGGAAUGGGUUUGAAGGUGCAGUCAAUUAUGCCAAUGAAAUUAAUGAGUAGAAGCAAGCGGAUGAGGACAAGAAUGAUAAUUAGGAUGUCAAUGAGAAUGGAAAUGGCACUAAUAAUAAAUAGGAAGCAUCUGAUAAUCAAUUGAGCAACAAUUGCAGUAAGAUGCAGUGUGAGGAGUAAUAGUAGGUAGUGGUGAAGCAGGAGCAGUAACUACUUUAGCAUAAACCCAGUAAGACAGAGUAGAAUUAGGAGGAGGACUCAGAUGAAAUCGAUCUUGUUAAGGUUUCGAUUGUUUUCGAUGAGGUAGAACAUUGCAAUCAUAGGGAUUAUAAUACAAUUAUGAAUUAUGCUUUGAAUUUCAAGAAGGUUGAUUACAAGGACGAGUAUAGAGUUCCUUAGGCUCAUAAGAAAGGAGGGACGGCUUGUUAGGAUGAAAAAAUAAUUGAUUUGGCAAGAAGUGUGGGAAAGAACAUGAUCAAGUAGGUGGGUCAGAAAUUGCUCAGUGGAAAUUUCAAUUUGACAACAGUUUCAUUUCCAGUAAUUGAUUCGUUUUUACUAUUGUAGAUCAAAGCUAUGAUUCCUAAAUCUGCCCUAGAAAAAACAUUUAUGUAAACAAUUCUCUUUCCUUUGUACAUGAACAAGGCUGCUUCUCUUUAAAAGCCAUUAGAAAGAAUGAAACUUAGUAUAGUUGCUCUUAUAUCUAAUUACAUUUAGGCUAAUUCAUUUCUUAAACCUCUCAAUCCAAUCUUGGGUGAAACCUUUGAGGGUGGCUACGAAGACGGCACCUAACUAUUUUGUGAAUAGGUACGAAUAUAAAGAUCCUAUUCUAUAGAUAUCUCAUCAUCCUCCCUUGUCUUAUUUUCUAGUUUGUGGACCCAAGAAAUCUUACAAAUUUUUCGGAUAUUCUCUCUAUGAAGCAAAAGCUGGUUUAAAUUCAUUGACUAUAUUGAAUCAUGGGAAAAGAACAAUCUAAUUCCCGGAUCAAAAGAUAGUGUGUACUUUUUCAUCUGAGCAUUAUUCAGGAACAUUCUUUGGAACAAUGAAGAAUGAAUCUUAAGGAGCUCUUUCUUUUGUGGAUGAAGCCAACAGUACUUAAUGAGUUUAUGAUUAGAUUUAAAUUGCAUCGUCUAAUUGGGCAAGGUGAAGAACAAGCCAACGGAUUACUUCGAAGGGGAAAUCAAGUAAGGGAAGACUGUGCUCAGUAAAUUGUUUGGGAGUUACAUGGGUUUCGCCGAUUUCGAUGGGAUCAGAUAUUGGGAUGCCAGAGUGAUCAAACCAUUUGCGAUGCAGAUAUUGAAAUCGAACUUGGAAUCGGAUCAUACUAAGAGAACGGACAGAAUUUGUAUGAUUGCUGGUGACAUGAAUAAGGCAUAGGUGGAGAAGGAAAGGUUGGAACAGUCCCAGAGAAAUGAUGCAGCUUUAAGGAAAGAAUUCCUAAAAUAGAAGAAGAAAAAAGAUUAAAAAUGA